AUGGCUCAAUUACUGUCCCCCUCCCCUGUGUUCACUGAAGCUCUCAAGUUCCAAAACCCAUUACCAAAUGGGUGCUCUAGAACUCCAUGGCGCAUGUUAGCCAAGCCCAGCAGUAGCCUGACUUCGAUAGGUGGUCAUGGCGGCGGCGGCAGGAGGCGAAGAGGCUUGGGCAGGCUCGGAGUGGCAACCGACGGCUCACCUUCAACAGACGCCGUCGCUGAUGACUACUACUCCGUCUUGGGAUUGUUAUGCUUCCGGGUAAAUUCCAGCCUAGUUAUAAUCGAAGACUCGAAGAAAAGGGUGGUCACCUACCGUUGGAUCUUUAAUCCGACGGCAGAAGGUCAUUUUACUUUUGUUGUUGUACCUUCUCCUCCGGAUGUCUUUGGUAUCGAGGAAGACUUUGGAAGAGCCCGAGUGUAGAGUCAGUUUGGGAACGUAGAUUUAGUUCAACGGGCAAUUGAUAGUUGCCCUGUUGAUUGCAUCCAUUGGACUUCUGCUGCCCAACUAUCAUUGCUCGAAGAUGAGAUGCGCAGAGUAGAAAGAGUAAAUGUUGCACUGAUGCUUGCAGGCAUGGGCUAAUCAGUGGAUGUUUUCAGAAUGGCAAGUUCUCGGUGGCAAAAGAGGCAAUCACAAGUCUUGGAACAAGCUAAAAUUAGGAUGAUGAAGAAGAGGGAUACGGAUAAAACUGAAGCAUACUGGGACAACAUUUGGGCUAAGCCCAAAGAGUACCAUAAUUCAGAGGAGGAAGUAAAAGAAAGAGCAAGGAGAGCAGCAGCAGCCGCUCGAAGAUGGAGGGAGUACUCAAGGAGGGGUGCUGAUAAGCCUCCGAGCUAUAAACUUCCGGAGGCCAUCUCCAACAACGAAAACUGACCAUAUUCAUCUGCAGAGGACGAACACCAUUGAAAAUAUUAGCAUCAAAUGACUCCAUCCAGAAUCCGAACACGAAACAGCAAACUUUGUAAGCGCAUGCGCUACCGGAUUGAGCAAGAUGCCUAAUUUAUUUCCUUUAAAUUGUUGAUUCCAAACGCAGUAUAUAUAAAGAACUGAUUUACACACUUUCUUCUCUUUUUACAGACUUAGUUUUAUUUUUGUCUACGAUUCUUCUAAAAUUUGUGCAAUCCCAAGGGCUAAAGAUCAAUAGUGAUGUGUUAGCUUUUUCCGCA